AUGGAGGGCAGCGGCGCGGCCCCGGAGGAGGAGGAGAGCGGGGCCGCGAACGGCGCUCCCCCGCCGCCGCCGCCCACGCCGGCCGCCCCCUGCGGCUUCGGCUCCUCCCUCUGCUUCAGCGCCGCCGCUGCCGAGCCGCAGCCGCCCGCGGCCGGCGGCCGGGUGGUGCAGAGCCAGUGGGAGAUCAACAACGCCGCCUGCCCGCCGGAGGAAGAUGAGGAGGCGGCGGGGCCGCGGGAGCGGCCGCUGGAGGAGCCCGACCUGGUGAUCGAGGUGUCGGGCCGCCGCAUUCGGGCGCACAAGUCGGUGCUGGCGGCCAAGAGUGACUAUUUUCGCGCCCGCGCCUCACGGGACGUCCUGCGGGUGAAGGGGGUGAGCUACGGGGCGCUGCGGCUGCUCAUCGACUACGUGUACACGGCCCGCAUGGGCGAGGUGCGGCACGACAACCUGGCUGAGGUGGUGAGCGGCGCCCGCGUCCUGCAGAUGCCCUGUGCCCUGCACUGUGCCGCCGAGGCCAUGCGCGCCCAGCUGUGCCUCGGAAACUGCUACCAGCUCCUCUGCCUGGCCAAGAAGCAGCGGCUGGCGGAGCUGCGGGAGGCUGCCUAUCGCUUCAUGAGCGACCAUUACCUGGAGGUGCUGCGCGAACCCAGCGUUUACGGCCGCCUCAGUGGCGCUGAGCGGGACCUCAUCCUGCAGCAGCGCAUGGACGCCGGCCGGCCCUGCUUGCUGGUGGCCGAGGUCAGCGACGCCUUCGAGCGGCCGGGUGGUGGCAGCCGGCCACAGAGCCGCGAGAGCAGUCGGCCACAGAGUCCCUCCUCCGUGGUGUCGCUGGAGGAGAGUGGCUCCCUCAUUCACUGCUACCACGAAGCCAGCGGCGAGUGGAGGGUGCUGACGCGCUUGCCCGAGGAGGCCAAUGCCAAGGGCUGUGCCAUGUGUGUCCUCCACAACUACCUCUUCCUAGCAGGGGGCAUUGUGACAGGGCCGCCGGGCAGCGAGCCCAGGGCUCGCCUUUCCGACAAGGUCUUCUGCUACAACCCCCUGACUGACACCUGGAGCCAGGUGCGGCCGCUGGCUCAGCCCCGCUCGCAGCUCAAGCUGCUGGCCCUGGAUGGUUACCUCUAUGCUGUGGGGGGCGAGUGCCUCUUCACCGUGGAAAGGUAUGACCCGCGGGCCGACCGCUGGAGCCCUGUGGCACCUCUGCCCAAGGGUGCCUUCGCUGUCGCUCACGAGGCCACCACUUGCAACGGGGAGAUCUAUGUGUCGGGAGGCUCCCUCUUCUACCGCCUGCUCAAAUACGACCCCAAGCGUGACGAGUGGCAGGAGUGCCCUUACAACAGCAGCCGCCGGCGCUCUGCUGACAUGGUGGCCUUCAAGAGCUUCAUCUACCGCUUUGACGUGAGCAGCGGCCGUGGUGGGGAGCAGGGCCCAGGCGGAGGGACGAGCGGUGGUGUUGAAGUUUUCCGGUACAACACAGUGGCCAAGUGCUGGAGCCAGUGUGCCAGCCUGCGGCCCAGCGGUGGCCCCGUCCAGCCCUUCCGCUGUGCCCCCUUGGGCAACACCAUCUACUGCGUCAACCGGACUGGCACCCUUCGCUUCAGCCUAGCCCAGGACGGUGAGGUGGAAGCAGAUGGUGGGCUCAAGGGCGCCUUUGAUGGCGAGCUUCUUAAAGCUCCCUUGGAUGCCAAGGGUGUCCUCCUACCCUUCGUGCUUACCCUGCCUGAGAGGCUGGACAAAGCAGGGGACCAGGAGAGUUCCCUCCCACUGUAA